AUGCUGCGCUCCCACUCCAGCAAGCCCCAGCCGCUGAAGAUUGUCGUCCUCGGUGAAUCCCAGGGAAAACACUACAUCCGGCAUCCCGCCGUCGAUUCAGAGCUCCUGUCCCGCACCGUGUCGCACGCAGACGAGACGUGGCAGCUCUCCUUCAUGGACGUGGACCUGAACGGCUCCCUCGCUCCCUCGUACCAGAGCAUGAUCGAUAGCUAUCUGGCCACGGCCCAUGGCAUCAUCCUCAUGUACGACAUGACGCUGGGCUACUCGUUCGACAGUGUCAUUGCUGAGCCCUAUCUCCACACGUGGUACUGCCGCAACACCGUCUUCACAAAGGACCCUGCCACGCGCAGGCUCAUCGGCACAAAGAAGCGUUUUGGCUGUGUGCUUGUCGGCAACAAGGCUGACCUUGCCAAGGGAGACACUGCCACUGCAACCAGGCGCCACGUCCACGCGGACACGGCUGCGCAGUGGGCUGCGAGCCAGGGCAUGCGCCAUUUUGAAAUCACGGCUAAUGCGCGCGGAGACGUGGAUGCUGUCGUUACAGCACUAGUUGAGAGUAUCCUACGAGCACGCCGCAUGGAUGCGAGAGACGCUGCUGCUGCGGCCGACGCUUCCAAGUCAUGCUCCCCCAAUAAGCACGACGUCCCGUGCAUCAUGAGUCUCUUGAAGCGCGCUACAAAACAUUAA